AUGCCCUCGGGCCAAGUACCGGCACUUCGGACCGUGAUGGCGCCCAAGUCGGAAGAGGAAUGCUUCGAGCUCCUCGUAAAGGAGCUAUCGUCCAUACCGGACCGGGAGCCUCCUGUUGCCCAGAACGGCGAGACCUCUCCAGACGGAGGGCAAUUGACGCCGGUUGCCAUGACGAGCACGAGCAGCGCGCCAGGCGUGGGCACGGCCACCAAUGUCAUGAUUGCAAGGACGAUCCGAGCUGCCAUGUCCGACAUCCGCCCAUCCUCUUGA